CUGUCCGCGAGGCUGCCCCACCGUCUGGCUCCUGAGAACCUCAGGCGAGUGCGGACCUAUUAAGUUUGUCCGCUCCGGGGCACCGUAGUGGCUUUUGCCCUGGCCCGGCGGGCUGGGCAUUGCUAGGCGCCGCUGGGCUCCGCUGGGCUCCCCUGGGUUGCACUAGGGUAGGUGCUGGCACCGGGCUCAGUCUAGGAGACCCCGAUGGCUGCGGUGUUUCUGGUAACGCUCUAUGAAUACUCUCCGCUUUUCUACAUCGCGGUAGUCUUUACCUGCUUCGUUGUGACCACCGGCCUAGUACUAGGAUGGUUUGGUUGGGAUGUUCCGGUAAUUCUGAGAAAUUCAGAAGAGACCCAGUUCAGCACAAGAGUUUUCAAAAAACAAAUGAAACAAGUCAAGAAUCCUUUUGGCUUAGAGAUCACUAAUCCAUCUUCAGCUUCAAUUACAACUGGCAUAACCUUGACAACAGAUUGUCUUGAAGAUAGCCUCCUUACAUGCUACUGGGGAUGCAGUGUUCAAAAAUUAUAUGAAGCUCUGCAGAAGCAUGUUUAUUGCUUCAGAAUAAGCACUCCCCAAGCAUUAGAAGAUGCUCUGUACAGCGAAUAUCUUCAUCAAGAACAAUAUUUUAUUAAAAAAGACAGAAAAGAAGAAAUAUAUUGCCAGUUGCCAGGAGACACUAAAAUCGAAGACUUUGGUACAGUGCCUAGAUCACGCUAUCCAUUGGUAGCACUGUUGACCUUAGCUGAUGAGGAUGACCGAGAAAUAUAUGAUAUUAUUUCCAUGGUGUCAGUAAUCCAUAUUCCUGAUAAGAUUUAUAAGCUUUCCUGCAGAAUAUUAUAUAAAUAUUUACUCCUGGCUCAAGGUCAAUUUCAUGAUCUUAAGCAACUUUUCAUGUCUGCAAAUAGUAAUCCCACUUCCUCCAGUAAUUCCUCUUCAGAAGAAAAAAACACAGACAGAAGUUUGUUGGAAAAAGCUGGACUCAGUGAAAGUGAAGUGGAGCUGUCGGAGGAGAAUAGCAGGGACUGCGUCGUUUGCCAGAACGGGGCAGUGAACUGGGUGCUCUUGCCGUGUAGACACACGUGCCUAUGUGAUGGCUGCGUGAAGUAUUUUCAGCAGUGCCCAAUGUGCAGGCAGUUUGUUCAGGAAUCUUUUGCACUUUGCAGUCAAAAAGAACAGACAAAGGCAAAAUGAAAACUCUUGAAGAAGUGGUCACAACAGAAAAGUACACUUUCUAUUGAAGAUGCAGAAUUUUGUGUUCUUAGAAUUAUUCGUAACAUGAAAUCUACAGUAUUGACCGUCAAUGAACGUUCUGUUUUAACUUCAUGUUUGUAUAAUACAUGGAUGAUGAAAAUGAAUUAUUUCUUUCUACUCAGUAUGGUGAAUACUGGCAUACCCUCUGUGUUUAUACAUAAUCAUCAUUCAGCUCUUGAGAAGAAUGUAAACAUUUGGCCUUUUAUCACUAGAAGAUUUUAUAUAAUGUCGAUUAGAAAAACAAUUCUGAAAAGCAUUCCACCUAAAAUUUGUGGAGGUAAAAGUCUCAAAAUUGCUAAGUGUUUUCUUUGAUGUAAUUUGGAGUGUAAGUAGGAAAACAACCUUAAUUCUUCUUAAAGUAAUUUUAUAGUCCCCAGUUUACAAAGACGUUAAAAAGGCUUCUUAUUAAUACUUUACAUUCUUUCCUGAAAUACCAGUUUUUAUAAAUAUACUUCUGUUUGGUUUCUAAUUUCCCUUAUCAUCAUGGUUACAUCAAUGCAAAUCUCAAUUUUUAAAUUUAAUGCAAAAUAACAAAUCUUAAAUGUUUUCAGUGUACCAUAGAUUAAAAAUGACUCAUCUGUAGAAAACAGAUUUAUAAAAUUUUGAUAAAAUUUCUUAGAUACUUAAAUUUAUUAAAUCAAUCAUCAAAUGUGAUUAGAUCAGCAGAAUACGAUCUACCAGGACAGAUCUGUGAAACUUUUAAUGCCUUAAGUUAGAUUUCCUCCUGCGCAGUGCAUCUCUCUAAAAUGCGAGUGGGUUUAGAGCUAGGAAAAAAACAUUGAAAGAAACAAAUAACUAUUUUUCUAGUAUAUUUUAAUUCCAAAUAAACCCAGUAUUCUUCUGAA